CUCAGGAAAAUGGUAUUAAGAGAACAUAUUUGGUGAAAUAAGAAGGUCGUUUUCCACUUUUAGUGACCAACAUGUAAUAAGAUGGACAUCGUGUUCUACAAAAUACCAAGUUCUAUGGUCUCGAAGAAGCAAGCACCUAUUUAAAACUGAUCGUAAAUAAAACCAGAACUGAGUGGAUAUGAGAAUGUUUGUUAGUGGCAGAAGAGUCAAAAAAUGGCAAUUUAUUCAUCUGUGUGCCACUUGUUUUAUACUAAGCCUCAUGUUUUUUUGGGAACCGAUUGAUAAUCACAUUGUCAGCCACGUGAAGUCCUACUCUUACAGAUACCUCAUAAACAGCUACAACUUUGUGAAUGAUACCUUGUCUCUUAAGAACAGCUCAGCUGGGGCCCGCUACCCAUACUUGAUUAACCACGAGGAGAAGUGCCAAGCACAGGACAUCCUCCUUUUACUGUUUGUAAAGACCUCUCCUGAGAACCAUGCUCGACGUUCUGCAAUCAGAGGAACAUGGGGCAAUGAGAAGUAUGUCCGAUCGCAACUCCAUGCCAACAUCAAAACACUCUUUGCCUUAGGAACUCCUAAUCCGCGGCAGGGACAAGCACUGCAAAGAAAAUUGGUUCUGGAAGAUCAUAAGUACCAUGAUAUAAUACAGCAAGACUUUGUGGAUUCUUUCUACAAUCUUACUCUUAAAUUACUUAUGCAGUUCAAUUGGGCGAAUACCUUUUGUCCACAUGCCAAAUUCCUUAUGACUGCUGAUGAUGACAUAUUUAUUCACAUGCCAAAUCUUAUUGAAUACCUCCAAAGUUUAGCACAGAUUGGCGUUCAAGACUUUUGGAUCGGUCGUGUUCAUCGUGGCGCCCCUCCCAUUAGAGAUAAAAACAGCAAGUACUACGUCUCCUAUGACAUGUACCAGUGGCCAGCUUACCCUGACUACACUGCUGGGGCUGCCUACGUCAUCUCUGGUGAUGUAGCUGCCAAAAUGUAUGUGGCCUCACAGACACUUAAUUCCAGCCUUUAUAUAGACGAUGUGUUCAUGGGCCUCUGUGCCAAUAAAAUGGGGAUAGUACCACAAUACCACGGGUUUUUCUCUGGGGAAGGUAAAACUCCUUAUCAUCCCUGUAUCUAUGAGAAAAUGAUGACAUCUCAUGGACAUGUACAAGAUCUCUACUCCCUUUGGAAGAAUGCCAUAGAUCCAAAAGUAAAAAACAUUUCACAAGGUUUUUUUGGUCGGAUAUACUGCAGGUUAAUUAAGAUAGUUCUCCUUUGCAAACUUGUCUAUGUGGACACAUAUCCUUGUUGGGCCGCGUUUGUCUAACAGUACUUGAAUGUUGUAUGUUUUCCCUGUCACUGAGCCAAACCUGCAUGGAAAACUUUCAGAUGUUUGUCUACCUUACAUAAAAUGAAUAUGAAAGUCAAAAGAAAUAUUUUGAAAGCCCAGCCUAUCUGAAUGUUUCUUUGAUUCUAGAAGCUCUUAUAUAACUUAUCUACUCCGUUGCCUAAAUUCAUGUCAAGGAAUUCAUAUUCAGAAAAGUGUACAUUAUCAAUGAAAACAAAACUGAAGGGAAAUUCAAGUUAUCAUUUCACAGCUCGUGUAUUUGAGGUGGUGAGAGGUU